UGCGCAAGAAUUUAUGACAUUUUUUGCUAAAACAGUUGCGGAAAGAACUAAGCCUGGUCAAAGACAAAGUGUUGAAGAAAAUAAUUAUGUAUUCUAUGCUUUCUCAAGACCUGAAGGUUUAACAGGCAUAAUUAUUUGUGACAAUGAAUAUCCACAACGUGUUGCAUUCUCAUUACUAAAUAAGAUUCUUGAAGAUAGUCUCGUAAAAUUCCCAAAACAUACAUGGAAAUCAGGAGGAAUAAAUUAUCCUGAACUUAAAAGCCAUCUUGUAAAAUAUCAGGAUCCAAAACAAGCUGAUCAAAUUAUGAAAGUUCAAGAUCAAUUAGAUGAAACUAAACUUGUCAUGAAUAAAACAAUUGAAACACUUUUGCAACGUGGUGAAAAAUUAGAUGAUUUGAUUGAUAAGUCUCAAGAAAUUUCUUUUCAAUCUAAAGCGUUUUAUAAACAGGCGAAAAAGACAAAUAGUUGUUGUGUGAUUUCUUAA